AUGGGGGGUAUGAGAAACGACUUCACUUGUCCAAUGCCAAAGAAUGGACAUGGAGACAUGAGCUUCUUCGCCUUUGCGCCGCUAACGUGCCGUGUCCCAGAAACGCACAAACAGCAAAAUUCGCAGAACCCUAACGAAGAGUUCACGGAAUUCAAGCCGCCCCUGUCUUCCUUCAGCCGCAGGAUGUCCGCACCGCCUCCCGGGCCGGCGCAGAGGCUGCAGCGCCGGGGUGGCUCCGAAGGCACAAGAGAAUCAAUCGUCGAGCAGCAGGACCACCCCGCACUGCGGCGCCUGAGGCGGCGCCAUUCUGCCUUGCGACGGCGCUUCCUUUCCGUUCGGUUGUUCUCCGGCCGAGCAGGUGUGGGCGCUUGGGGCGAGCGUUCGGCGCCAUCGGGCUCCAUCCGCCGCCAUCGGCUCCGUGCUGCUGUCGGCGCGGCCGUGGGGGGUCCCUGCGGCCCAAGCCGGGGCCUCUUCUCAGUCGGAGACGGCCACGCGAACCCUCGUCUGACCGCUGAACGCGCGCCCGCGGCCCGCCACCACCCGGCCUCACCCGCGUCUGCUCCGCGGCAGGUGGCCGGCAUCCACAAGAAGCUGGCCCGGACCAUCGGCAUCUCCGUGGUCCCCAGGCGGCGGAACAAGUCCACCGAGUCCCUGCAGGCCAACGUGCAGUGGCUGAAGGAGUACCGCUCCAGGCUCAUCCUCUUCCCCAGGAAGCCGUCGGCCCCCAAGAAGGGCGACAGCUCGGCUGAAGAACUCAAAUUGGCCACCCAGUUGACGGGACCAGUAAUGCCCAUACGGAACGUCUACAAGAAGGAGAAAGCCAGAGUUAUCACCGAGGAAGAGAAGAACUUCAAGGCAUUUGCCAGUCUUCGCAUGGCUCGUGCUAAUGCCCGGCUCUUUGGCAUCCGGGCAAAAAGGGCCAAGGAAGCUGCAGAACAGGAUGUGGAAAAGAAAAAAUAAAGCCCUGUUGUGGACUUUGAAUAAGUCAGUAGUUUCUCUGAUGGAAGCAGCAGGCUUGGCCUGUGGGCCUUGACUUGCUGGUAGGAGAUUGCAGAGGGUGGGGAGGCUUUCUUGAAAGGAGCCCAGAGCCUGGGUUAUAUCUGAUGUUCUGUAUUUUAGUGCUAUUAGUUAUUCGAUUAAUCACUGAUUUAAUAAUUGCUUUGAGUUGCUUUUUGUCACCAGA